AUGGCUGAGAACAUUUACAUUCCAUUCUGUAACCACAGUUAAGUCCUGUACAGUUUGUCCCUAGGUGAGAGUCUGUUAGAGUGUAAUAGACAGUAACAAUAAACAGCAUUAACGCAAACUUUCCUUCACAGCAGAGACAAGAAGUGUGUUUCCUUCUCUGUAGUCGGUGUCACAACCCCGUGCUGCUCAGUUGCUCAGAAUCGUGACUAAAACUCUCUUUCUUUAGCAAUACUUUUGGGCGAGUAAGUUUCCUCUUGGCAUGAUCUCUAUUGAAGCAGCUUCUGACCCCUAACAAGCUGGGAACAAUCCUCCAGUCCUGUAUCAUUCUGCUUUAAAUUGGAAACUUGAACUGCAGAGGUGAAUUACCUGCAAUUAUCAUUUCAUGACUGUUUUUAAGAUUCCCCCUUUCAACAUCUGCUGCAUGCGGUCUGCGGAAGUAAAGGAAGUCAAGCACUGUGGGAAAUUUAAUACAUGUCAGCACAAAUCUGAGACGGACUCAUUUGGCAGGAAGAACAAAUUCACACACCAGAGUAAACAGAGAAUGAGAGUUAUGGAUGCCUCUUUAGGCUCCUCUGACAACGUUGACAAGAGAAAUGACCCAUAUGAAUUGACAUCAGGAAUCCAUGACGGUGCCACCUAUGAAAGCACUGCCCCGAAUGAAUUGACAUCAGAAACCUAUAAGGAUGGCAACAAUGAAACCACUGCCCCGAGUGAAUGGACAGCAGCGUCCUCUGAAGGACUCUCCAAUGCAAACAGCAAGAUUAAGAGAAUUGUGUACUUGAUUGUAUCAUCCUUCACUUUCAGAAUAUUUGGAAUUCUGCUGAUCUUUGUGGAUGUGUCGCUCAUCAUUACAGACAUAGUUGUCUCUGAUAGCACGAUGUAUAUUCCUUUGGAAUAUCGUUCAGUUUCUUUAGCUAUUGCUUUAUUUUUUUUCAUGGAUGUUUUUCUUCGAGUAUUUAUAGAAGGGUUGACAACUAUUUUACGACCUCUACGACUUAUCAUUCUGAUAAGAGUUUUUCAUCUGGCUCAUCAAAAAAGACAUCUUGAAAUGCUGACCAGGAGGAUGGUUUCAGGAAACAAACGGCGAUACAAGAAGGAUGGAUUUGACUUAGACCUCACUUACAUUACUGAGCGUAUUAUUGCCAUGUCAUUCCCAUCUUCUGGAAAGCAGUCUUUCUAUAGGAAUCCUAUUAAGGAAGUUGUACGGUUCCUGGAUACCAAGCAUCAAAACCACUACCGAGUCUACAAUCUCUGCAGUGAAAGAGCUUAUGAUGCUAAGUACUUCCAUGAUAGGGUCCGUCGAUACAUGAUUGACGAUCACAAUGUUCCCUCUUUGAGUGAGAUGGUGGCGUUCUCCAAGGAAGUAAAAGAGUGGAUGGCUCAAGAUGAGGAAAACAUCACAGUGAUUCACUGUAAGGGGGGCAAAGGAAGAACUGGAACUAUGAUCUGUGCCUACCUUCUUGCCAGUGAAAUAUUUGCCACUGCAGAGGACAGCCUUUAUUAUUUUGGAGAACGACGAACAGAUAAAUCCACCAGCAGUAAAUUUCAGGGAAUAGAAACUCCUUCUCAGAACAGAUUUGUUGGAUAUUUUGCAAUGGUGAAAAAUACCUACAAUUUGACUCUGCCUCCAAUGAAAAAACUCACGAUGAAAAAAAUCAUUAUUUAUUCAAUUCGUGGCAAUGGAAAUGAUCUAAAAGUACAAAUAAUAAUGCAACGAAAGCCUGUCUUUUUCUGUUCUGCUUCCAAAAACUGUAGGAUAGUUCAUGAUGCUGAAACAGACAGAGUAAUAAUCAAUCUAUCCAACUGUCCACCUCUGUAUGAUGAGGUGAAAGUGAAAUUUCUCUCUUCUUCGGAUCUUCCUAAAUACUAUGACGACUGUCCAUUUUUCUUUUGGUUCCAUACAUCUUUUAUACAAAAUAACAGGCUUUAUCUUUCAAGAAGUGAACUGGAUAAUCCCCACAAACCAAAAGCAUGGAAAAUUUACCAUCCAGAGUUUGCAGUCGAGGUGUAUUUUGAUGAUGUUAAGUUGUAGCUGGUAUCUGAUUUAGUUCCCCUUCUAGGCUAGAAUCAUGUUCUUCCCAAUCCUUGCUACUAUUUAUAUCUUUUAAACCUACUUCCUUGCUGAUAUAUUUACAUGUAUAUACAUACGUUCUUGAGAACUGUAUUAAAUAUAUACAAGGGAGAAUGUCAAUGG